AUGCUUCCGUUAUCGCCAAAUCAACUUGUUCAUCGAGCACUGCAGUGUUUGCAAAUAGAUGAUCCCCAUGCCUUAGAUGAAGUGAUACCCCUUUAUUACGAUGCACUGGGAUACUACAAUACCAUGCAUGCUUGCCGAGGACAAUUGCUAUGUAGUCUGGGUAUGAUGCUGUGCAUUCGCUUCAAGCGUCAAGGCAACGACAAAGAUUUGGAUCAGGGUAUUGCACUUCAGAGUGAAGUGCUGGCUUUGCGCCCUGUCGGUCACACAUAUUGGUCCAACUCAUUGAAUAAUCUUGCAACUCAACUCUCCACCCACUUUCAUCACCGAGGCAAUGACGAAGACUUGGAUCAGGCCAUUGCACUUCACAGGGAAGCACUGACUUUGUGCCCUGUCGGUCACACGGGUCGUCAACUCUCCGCUAUUGCACUUCAGAGGGAAGCGCUGGCUUUACUCCCUGUCGGUCACACAGAUCGGUCCUCGUCAUUGAGUCAUCUUGCAAUUCAACUCUCCAUCCGCUUUGAUCACCGAGGCAAUGGCGAAGACUUGGAUCAGGCUAUUGAACUUCAGAGGGAAGCACUGGUUUUGUGCCCUGUCAGUCACACAGUUCGGUCUGUGUCAUUGAGUAAUCUUGCAGCUCGACUCUUCACUCGCUUUCAUCACCGAGGCAAUGACAAAGACUUAGAUCAGGCUAUUGCGCUUCACAGAGAAGCGCUAGCUUUAUGCCCUGUCAGUCACACAGAUUGGUCCUCAUCAUUGGGUAGUCUUGCGAAUGGACUCUCCACCCGCUUUGAUCACCGAGGCAACGGCGAAGAUUUGGAUGAGGCUAUUGCGCUUCACAGAGAAGCGCUGGCUUUGCUCCCUGUCAGUCACACAGAUCGGUCCAUCCAACUCUCCACCUGCUUUCAUCACAGAGGCAACGACGAAGACCUGAAUCAAGCUAUUGCAUUCCAGAGGGAAGCACUGGCUUUGUGCCCUUCAUUGGGUAGUCUUGUGAAUGAACUCUCCAUCCGCUUUCAUCACCGAGGCGACGACGAAGACCUGAAUCAGGCUAUUGCACUUCAGAGGGAAGUGCUGGCUUUGUGCCCUUUAUUGAAUAAUUUUCACCGAGGUAAUGGUGAUGCUGACAGUCUUCUGAAUGCUGCCAUGGAUCAUCUCAAGGCAGCAGCAAAUAUUAUCUCUGGAGGUUUGCUACAUCGCCUACGAGCAAGUCUACGCUUGAUUCACCAUGCUAGUCAACAUUCACAUGGUACUGAACUGGAGGCAUAUGCGACUUUCAUGCGGACACUUACAUGUCUUACACUUGCCGUGAAUGCUGCGUCAUGUGCUCUUCGUAGUGGUGACGUGUGUCGUGCUGUUGAGCUGUUGGAACAAGGCAGGACUCUCAUCUGGACCCAGAUGACACGACUGCGCACUCCUCUUGAUAGCCUCCAGACUCGCGGCGAUCAUGCAGUGGCCUUGAUGAAGAGAUUCAGAGAUCUCAGCUCCCUCCUCGGUAAACCUCCUGCGAGCCAUCUAGAAGGGACUCCAAGAGUUGAUGUAGAAGCAGAAGCAACCCGGUAUAGACGUCUAGUGGAGGACUGGAAUAGAGCUGUAGAGGAGAUCCGGAAGAUCGAGGACUUCUCUCGCUUCUUACUUCCUCCCAUGUUCUCCGAUCUUCAAGAUGCAGCUCGUGAUGGGCCUAUCAUCGUGCUCAUCGCCAGCAAGUCGUCUUGCGAUGCCAUUAUUAUCCCACACAAGCAACCUCCGACUAGUAUUCAACUCUCUACUAAUCUUGAGAAACUCCAGAUGUUGGUGAUCAAAUUCCAACGCACAAGUUCCCGAAUAUGGUGGUGCCCGACGUCUCUCUUCAAUUUCUUGCCGUUGCACGCUGCUGGCAAGUACAGGAGACAUGGGCAGUUUCUUUCACAGCUCCACAUCUCUUCAUACAUGCCAUCGCUUACUGCGCUGAUAAAGGCUCGCAGACAAGACAGGUCCCUGUCGGUGUCCUUUGCUGCCAUUGGUCAGAAUCUCCCAGCCGGUGCUUCAUUCACUCUGGAUUGUGUGGAAUCUGAACUGGAAUUAGUGCAGAGUCUUUUACCUCCUCCCCCAACUGUUUCCUUCACCAAGAUAAUGAGCGUUGAUGCAAUGAGAUCGAUGGCACUAUGCGCGCUGCGAGAUCAUACUUGGCUUCAUUUUUUGUGUCACAGGACACAGAAUUACGAGGAUCCCUUCAAUUCGGCCCUUCUCAUGCGUGACCAGCCACUUUCACUUCUUGAUAUCACACAAACGGAUCUGUCUCGCCAUGAAUUUGCAUUUCUUUCUGCCUGUGAAACAGCAGUCGGUGACCAUGAUACUCCUGACGAAGCGAUACACCUAGUGGCUGGCCUGCAAUUUGCUGGGGUCAAGAGCAUCGUUGGGACAUUAUGGAAGGUCAACGAUAGUACUGUGCAACGCUUAGUCGAGGCAUUCUACAAAAACUUUUGCGGGGAUGGCACAAUGAAUUCCAAGCGAGCUGCUCAAGUGCUGCACCGAGCAGUCCAGUUGUUGGCCUCUGACAUGGACAUGCCCUUGGACCAGCGCAUAGUGUUCAUACAUAUUGGCAUAUGA